AUGAGACAAGACGACACCCUCUCCAAAGACUAUUCAUACCUAAUCAACAAGAUUGUAUCAGACACCAUGAGUAUCUCAUCAGUGAUCACAGAGAUUGUAAAGACGAAGCAGAAUCCACAUACGAGGAAGCAUUUGAAUACUAUAUCAAUUGAGACGAAUAAUGUCAUAUCGACCAUCACAGACGCAAGGGGAUGCUUCAUUGCCAUCUGA